UCAGAAGCAGAUACUGGUACCAGAACAGGAGACGCGAUGUCCGUCACUGUUAAAAACAUUUCUGUUAUCUACAGUCCUAUCAAUCAGAACAAUACCUUCUCUAGCGGGGAUUUUAUAUCGGGACAUGUCAUUUUGGAUUUAGCGAAGGACACGACAAUGCAGUCGCUGAGUGUAAAAAUUAAAGGGAAAGCAGAGGUUUGCUGGAGGGAGCGUCACAAAAGCACUGUUGUUUACUCGGAUAAGGAAAAAUAUUAUUCCGUGGAGAGAUUUUUCGUUCGGGAGAACAAAACACAUGGUAAUGACCAUGCGAUGAUGCUGAGAGAUCCAUCAGGACAGCCGUAUUCUUCGGUUGUUGGACCAGGCCGUCAUGUUUACCCAUUCACCCUUCAGUUACCUCGACAGCACUUCCCACCAACCUUCAAAGCUUCGGUUGGAAAAAUCGUCUACACCUUGGAGACAAAACUAUCCCGAUCAAUGCGUAUUUCUAACAAAGCCAAAGCAGAGUUUCUCUAUUUCCCUAGUCCUGAUGUGUUCAAUCCUGAACUAAGGGCACCUCAGUACAGAACCAAAGAUGAACAAAUGAAUCUCUUCUCCUUUGGGAGUGUCUCCAUGAACAUAAAGACUGAGAAAAUGGGAUACUACCUUGGAGAAGGCUUGAAAGUUUUGGCUGAAGUUCAGAACAAUUCAUCUCGUACAAUCAAGCCAAAAUACUGCCUGUAUGAAAAACACAGUUUCUUCGCUAGAGGAAAGAGAAAGCUUCACACACAUGACCUUUUUAAAGAGGAAGGGGAACCUAUUGAGCCAAACUCAAGAAAAACUGUUACCAAAGUGCUGCCCAUUCCUCCCAGCCUUACCGUCUCUAUCCUAAACUGUAGGAUACUCAAGGUUGAGUACAGACUCAGGGUCUGCCUGGAUGUGCCAUUUGCUUCGGAAAUCAAAUUCCCAGUCGUGAUUCUUCCUCUUCAGUCUUUAUCAGGUGUAAGUAGUGCUACAAACAGUAACUUUGGAAUCUGGAAUCAACCACCAGGUGGCAAUGCGUACCCCAACCCACCUCCUAUGCCUCCAUCUGCCCCACCAUUUAAUAUGGUUGAACCACCUGGUCAUUGUGCUGCUCUGGGUUACCCUGGACCUCCUCUGAGUCAAUAUUCUGCUCCUGGUUACCCAGGACCUCCUCUCAGUCAGUUUCCUGCUCCUGGUUACCCUGGACCUCCGAGUCAGUUCACACCCCCUAGUUAUGCUGGACUUCCUGGUCAAUUUGGUCCUUCAGUUUCACAUCAGUCUGACUCAUCAGCUCCACCUCCAUAUCAGGAAUGUCAUUUGUAUCCACAGUUGCCAGAUCACCGUGAAAAAUCUUGACAAAUUGAUGGCAACAUUUUAGAAUCACCUUGUAGGUUUGUUUUCUCUCUCUCUAUUUUUUUAACCUAGAUUGCUAAAAUGAUUACAGCUCUUCUCUCCUCAGUCUGACUCGUACGCAUUAUUUAGUUCCUGUUUCGAUGAGGCCCCUCCCUCCAAAAUACAGAAUGUGAUUGGUUUGUUGGCCCUGUGUGUUGUGAUUGGCACCGCUUAGCGGAAUGUCACGCCCAUCCAUAACAGCGACUUCUUCUCUAAUGUAAAUAAUUAAGGAUGGCGUCAAUUUUAAACCAAUUUAAUUCCUUAAUUCCUCAGACCGCGACAAUGUUACGAGAGGAUCGCGCAGAACAGAUUUCAAGCACAGACUUUGCAAGCACAUACAGGAUGUUUCAGAGUGCUAUGUUUUUUUUAUAGAGUUUUUUAUAGAUAUGAUGUUAUCCCAUUUAAUCAUAUAAUACUAUGGUAAUACAAACAGUAAUUGAUCACAAAACCACAGACAAUUUUCCUAAGGAGUGGUGAACAGCCUAAAAAAAGCAAGAGCUUACAAAAGCUACAGUUAACACUACAUCAAUGUUAGUUAACAGGCUAGCAGAGGCAAAACAUUGCCCUCUGUUUACAUCAUAGCAACAUAAAACUUAUUAAUUUAAUAGAAAACACAACUACAAAACUACAAAGACAUACUAGUUGUCAUCCAUAAUUAACAAAAUUCCGACAAAGUGGGAACAGCUACGUCUUUCAGGAGAAGCUUUUGUCCGUAGUCCUCUUAGGUUCUGGAAGCUGUUCUCUGUAAAAGUUACAGCGCGCAGACAAACUUUGGGGUUAUAAUGUUCAGGAAUAUUUUUUUUAAAAAUGAACCACAACACUCUUCAUCUUCUCUAAACUAGCGCAACUCAGCCAGGCAUCGCCCCCUUUUUUUGCGAUUUCCGUGGACGUAGAUUACUUAAAUAAUGUGACAAAAGAACCGGGAAAAAACACGCUGUAGUCCAAACGAGCUGUUCAUUGUAGUUCAUGAAAAGAGGAUUCUGUUAAAAUAUCUCCCUUUGUAUGGGACUCUGAGCUUUGUAACCUUGUAGAUCUUGUUUAUGCUCGAACAGCAUCAUUACACACUAAACUUGAAAAAGUGAAAAAGCAUAAUAGGACCCUUUAAAGGCAUGAUUUUUGGAUUAAAAACCACUAAAAAAUUUUUAUAUAUUUUGUUGACUGUGUAUUGCAUCAUCCCAAAUGUUUCCAAUAAUGUUAAAUUUCCAGAGAAAUAAGCAAUGCAUCACCUAUUAAUGACAUCAUAUAAGUGUUACUCUCAAUUUCCGGAUUUAUUCUGUAGAAACCAUGGAAACGCCAAAGACGCUUUUAACUAUUAUGUGUUUUAUUAGACUGGUGAGCAAUUGUUUGAAAACAUUCAUUGACAGAAAACGAAUCAUUCUUAUAUAGCUCAACGCAGUUAGUCUUUAAAUCUCAUUUUCUUGAUUUUCCGAAAAUACCAUGUUUUACCAUACCUAAUAUCAAUCUAGCUUACUGCAGUGUGUAACAAGUGUUGUUACACAACAAGUCUAACUCGUAGUUGCCGCAUAGUAGCGAACACAUUAUGACAUAACUUUCAACACACUCAAAUGUAAACUGUUACCCCACAUAUAUGACUGGAAUAAGCGGAAGAGGUCAUCUGCGGCAUAAUAAAAGCUCAACUUUUCUCAAGCCAAAAUCACAUUCAUCAUCAAGCUACGUGUUUGUUUUAAAUAAGCGACCUCUAGCUGUGAAAAAUUACAUGGUAUUCCUUUACAGUUAAAACAAAUCCUAUACUGUUUUCUUUGUUUGUUUUAUUUAUAAACCUUUGGUAUAGUGUACAUUCUCUUGAAAAUGAUAAAUCCUUCUUUAUUAUGAUGAAGUAUACUAUUCUCCAGAAAUGCUCUAUGCCUUAUACAGUUGAAGGAAAAAGGAUGUAAAUCCUUGGAUUUUCUGCAUAAAUUGUUACAAAAUAAUCAGAUUUUCAACUGUCAGUUGUUUGCUUAACACGACCAUAUAUUUCCAUGUUUUACUGAACACUGACUAUACUGCAGUUAGAUUUGAACAAGUAUUGUAUAUAUUUUCAUUUAUGAAUGAAUAUAAAACAUAAAACUGAAAUUACUCAUUAAUUACUCAUAUUAUCAUUGAUAAUCAUCUGUGCAAAAUAUUUGCUCUGCCUGUAUAUUCCCUAUGCCUGUCCGCAUGUCUCAAAUUAAGCUCUGGGGUGAUAGAGGACCACCCACAGGAAGUGCAUCUAUGUAGUAGUUUAGGCGAUUCACUGCUGAUUCAAUCUAUGAACAUAUUUCAAGGUAUGACAAAAUUCAGCCAAUCAGCGUUCUCUUAUCUAAUCCAAAAAGAGAGAUUAUUUUACCCGCCCUAACAAGCUACAAGUUUUCAUAAAGAUUACAUUCAAGGUAAAGACGAUUACAGUGACAUGCAAGAGUCUAACACAGUCUCAUCCCAGGACGUCAUAUACAACUGACGUCUUGGGACGUCUUUUGACCAUACGUCAA